UCUGAGCUUCUUGCUCCAAUCCACUCAUAGCCAUUGCUCUCCUCACUAAUCACGUACAAGUACACCCACUGGCCAGCGACUACACGCGCUGAGCUUGCUCCACUCACUCACAAGCCAGAGUGUCCUCGCUAGCUCCUCUCUUCUUGAUCUCCAAGCUUGAGUGCUGCUUGACUCGGGCACAAGAGCUCUCCAAGAGCUAUAGGCAGGGGCCGGUGAUAGGGAGAAGGGACAACCAGCUAGAGCGCGCGCGCGUGGCGAUGCAUGGCAUGUGCUAACAUGUACAACCCGGAGCACCACCAGCACCAGCCGGCGCCCUUCAUGGCGCCGCGGAUGUCCUUCUCCAGUGACUUCGCGGUGGAGCCGCCGCCCCCGGCCGCGGCCCGCGGCGGCGCGGCGGCGCCGGGGGACACCGACUUCGAGUUCUCCGUCGGCAGCCACCCGAUGAUGGCCGCCGACCAGCUCUUCUCCAAGGGCCGCCUCCUGCCGCUCCGGGAGGCCCCGCACGGCGGCGCCGGCGGCCGGCCCGUCACGCUGCGCGACGAGCUGCGCGCCGACGAGCGCCACGGCCGCCUGCCCCGCGCGCCCAACAUCCGGUGGAAGGAGCUGCUCGGGCUCAGGAAGGCGCCCAAGAAGCAGGCCGCCGCCGAAGCCGCCGCCGGCACGUCCACCGAUGCCCAUACGGAUCUUGGAGGCCAGGGAGGCACGAGAGACUGAAGCGAAUCGUGAGUGGCAAAGUAUUAUGGAUGGUGGUUAUUGGGUGGUGAUGUGUGCCUUUCAGCUAGCUGCUCGAUCAUCAUCCGCUUGCUGAUGGUGGUUUGGCAAUCGAGCUAUCUAUCUGCUAUCUAACUCGAUCAUGUCAGUGCUUAACCGGCCGGAGAUGAAUGAAGAGUGGAGAAGACGACGUCCGGAGGCACACACCAACGGGCAUAUAUUUCCUCGUCACCUCUUUGCUCCUGCUGAUUCAAUUCUCCUCCUCUUUGGUAUUAUCCUGGGUGUAAAAGGGAAUUUUUGAUCAUUUGUUUCCUGGUACGUAGUAGUCAGUAAUUGGUUCGUCGGGAUGCUAGCUUGAAUUGAAUUUGUAAUGGUCGCUGUGUAGUGCAGUAGCAGCAGCAGCAGUCGUAGAGAGUCAGAUUAACUCCCGCUAGCUAGCUGUGCCUGUCAUCAUCUCUGAUGUUUUGAAAGGGCCAGUUAAAUGUACUAGUAUUUUUUUUGCCCCACCACAUGGCGCGUGUGGUCCCUGUA